AUGUCCGAUGGCUCACAACUACGAAAGACAUGGUACAACGCUCUGAACGAUGCCGAAGCCUACUUCAAACACCUCCUCACCUCCCCUUCCUCAGACUGGAAACGCAUGUCCAGCUCAUCCAAGGACGCUUCCUCUUCAUCCUCCUCCAAGGGCAAAGGCAAAGCACGUGUCUCGUCCGUCCCAGAGCUCGCGGAUGUCAUUGUCCAUCGCGCGUAUAGCAAGGCGGGUGAAGAGGUGUAUAGGAUCGUGUUGGACGUGCCCACCCCAAGCGAGGAUAUGGUUUCGCUGGAACCGUGGAAAACGGUCUUGACUACGCCCGAAUUAAGGACGGAGUGGGAUCCGGCCGUGGAAGACGCGCAUUUGUUGGAGGUAUUCGACCAUACCACGAGGAUAUGUAAGACGAAUUUCACGCUUGGUUGGCCGGCGAAUCCAAGAGAUGCGGUUACGAUUUCGCGGUCAUUUCAUGAUCCAACAACCGUCAUAGACAUUUCCACCUCACUCCCCAGGUCACCCGAUGAGCCUGCCUACCUACGACCUUCCCCUCCAUUCGUCAGAUCCCACGUCAAAUUAUUCGCAUGGUGCAUCCAACACAUCCCCUCACCCCCUCCCCAAGACGAUCAAGUUAAGAAAUCCCCAAGCCGGAUUCGGAUAACCUGUUUCUGGCAACAUGAUCUCAAAGCCAUGUGGGGCUUCGGAUCGACCUCUGCAGGCGUCCAACAACAACUCUCAACCAUGGUCUUGAGUAUGUUCAAAUCCGUAAUAAAGCGGGGCGAACGCGUGCCCAAGCUCGGUGGGUAUGGGCACGGCGUGUCCAUUGGCCGGGUGAGGUAUCAGGUCGAUAGGGAGGCUUUAACGGUUGACUAUUCGAUUUUACCGGACGAUGAGGAUCAUUUGGGGGUUACGGCUGAACAGAUGCAUGGUGUGGAUGAGGUUCAGAUGAUCAGGGAGCAAAGAAGGCUGACGAGGAGCGUGGAGUGUAUUUUACCCUCUUUGGAGGGUUGGGACGUCCUCGUGUCAGUGAAGGCUUCAUCAGAGGAGGUAGAGCAGCUUCCCUGGUCCGCACAUGCCAUUCGUGGUUCGUCCAACCCCUCACCCUUGAACACUUCACCCCCCGACCAAAUAAUCCUCCGAAUAACCCACUCUCCACCACCCAACGAUCACUCUUUGUUGAGAAUUAAGUUGGUCAUCGAAGUAUCAGGUGCAAGUCGCGGGUUAAGGCUCAAUGGGCUCCCAAAGACGAUAUAUGAUUCUGAGCCGAGGGAUCCGCAGAGUUAUGGCGUCCCGCAGGCGAUGUUGGCGGAUAUUGCGAGUGCGGUGGAUUUGAGUGUGCAGACGUCUGCUUCUUCGUUGAGGACGACGGGUACGAGUGUUGUUGAGUCGAAGGGAUCGGGACAUGGACAGAUGGAGAGGAGUCCUGCGGCGGAGAAGACGAUAUUGUCGAAGGUUAGGAGGAAUUAUAUUUAUUUCUCAUCGCUUCUUCAAGAGCCUGAGGCAAAGUGGAGACGGACAACCGAAGCUCGAGGCGUAUCAAUAACCCAACUUGACUCGAUCGAUCCAACACUAGUGGUCUACCGUGCAGAAGCGACCUUUGUAGGUGUGGGAUUGUGGGAUCUGUAUGGGGCCGUUAUAAGUCCUGGAGCGAGGAUUUAUUGGGAUAAGCAGCAUGAAGAUGCGGUUCUCCUGGAGGACGUUAAUGAGCUUACGGAGAUGUGGCAUUUCAAGACAAAGCCUGCUUGGCCUGUUACAGGGAGAGACACAGUGGUCCUCAAGACCGUAUACAAAUCCCCCACUACAAUCCAUGUCUUUUCCUUCUCCGUUGAUUCGGAUUCACACUUAUUCCCCCACAUCCCUCCCUUGGACCCAAACACCAUCCGCACCCAAGUCGACUUACAAGGCUGGGCCAUCGAAUCCCUCUCCCCAACCACCACACUCCUAACCCUCCUCGAACAAUCCGAUCCGAAAGGGUGGACCAAUAAGACAAGCGUUCCAAGCCAGAUGAUCAAUCUCUUAGCUGGCAUUGGGGAGUUUGCGAUUAAGUGUGGUGGGCCGCCGGUUGUUACGCGUCUUGGAGGCGCGAAGAUGAAUGAGGUUAGGUAUGAUCAUGAGAAGGGGAGUUUUAAAGUUGAGUAUGAGGUUGCUUCUAGUCGGAGGAUGGGGUUGUCUUCCUCCAGUGGUGGUGGUGGUGGAGAGGAAGGAGAGAUGGACUCCAACGCGCCCAAUAUCGAAUGUGAGAUUAGAUGCGAUGUGGACACUUGGGCAUCAUCACUCGAUAUCGUCGUUGACCCACCUCCACAAAGUAUUUCCUGCCUUCGACGACAUAGGCUCUCACUUGAUGGUGGUGGGCUAUGGCUUACGCUUUCGCACGACUCUGUGUUUGUGGAGGACGAACGGCUGCUGACUAUUGUCCGUCGUGCGCCGGGGAAGGAAAAGGGGUUGGUGAUGGUGAAUGGGGCAAAGGUGCCCGUGGACAUUGAGGAGAUGCCGGAGAGCGAGGUGAAGGCGCUGAGUAAGAGGAAGAGGGUGAAGCCCCCUAGGAUACCGCUUGAUCAGCCGCCUGUUGUGGGUGUUGUCAGGAGGAGGAAGGCGGAGUGGAGUAAGGAGGGGGAGGGUGUUGGUGAUGGUUCUUCCUCUGCUGCUGCUGCUGUGAACGUGGAACUGAAGAAUGGGGGAAAUGGAGGAAACAGUUUGGGUGAUUGGGCAAGCGCACCGAGGAUGUCGAGUCCUUUGUCGAGGUUCUUGACUUAUGCGGUCGAUCAGGCGACGAGUACGACGCAGUCGGCCGUAGCUGCCAUCUCACCUGCGAACGGCGCCCAUUCUGCGACUCCGUCGAGUUUGAAGAUGCCGAUGCAGUACGCCCUAGACGCGUUGGCGUGGACGCAGGAUUUUAAUGCGUCGUGCAAGGCGCAGGUUGUGGGUGGUGCUACUGGUUCAACGACAAGUUUGAUUUCUACUUCUACGACUACAACUACAACAGCACCAGCAGUACCACAGCAAACAACACCCGACGGAUGGACAUUUAUCUCUGACAAAGGCCUCCCAGUCCACCGAAAGUUAAUCCCAGAAAUAUCACCCAUCAUACCCGUCCAUAAAGGAUCUAAAGUCAUCGAAGGCGUAUCGGCCGAAGAGCUCGCGUGCGUUGUCACCCAAUUCGAGUGCAGGAAACAUUGGGACGACCGGUUUGAUUCUGCAAAGGUCUUGGAGUCGUUUGGUGGGGAAGCCAAGACGGUUUUUUUAUCCUCCAAAGCUGGGUUCCCUUUCAGAGAUCGGGGGUUUUAUUUGGCGAGUGUGAUGGCGCGUGCGCAUGUCCCUCCAUUAUUUUUGUCUAGGAGGAAUACGGGUAUAGGAGGAGGAGGAGGAGGAGGAAGUAACGGGGAAGGAGGGGAACACUCUUCUUCGAGUGGUGUGAAGAAUGCGAUAUUUUGCGUUUCAGCUUCGUUUGGGCCUGAUUCCAUUUUGGGGGCUGGGUUCGAUGCAGGGAAAUGUAACCCGUACACACUCCCCAUAGGCCGUGUCUACGUGGACGCAUGGAUCCUCGAGACGCUGGACCCAUACACGAAAGAGAACUACGCUAUCCCGUCAACGCGAUGUACCCGCCUCGUUGCAAUGGAUUUUGCAGGCGCGAUACCUGCCGCUGUUAAUUCCAUUAUCAACGCCACCUUGCCUCGAGCGGUGUUGAGUGUUGAAGCGUAUGUGAAGAGUUUGGUUGCGCCGCUGCCUUUGACGCGGUUGCCUUGUCCUGGGAUGGUGGUUGCGCAGAGGAAAGAGGGGGAGUGGUUGUCUGAUGUUUCGUGGAAGUUGAGGAGGAAGGAUGAGGUUAGGUGGAUUGUGGGGAGUGAGUUUAGGGUUGAGGAGAGGGUUUAUGGUGUUAGGGUGUUGGUUGUCUUGUCUCCCAAUCUGGUCUCCUCCAGUACGAGUGGGUUACCCACGACGGGGAGUAGGAUGGCGUUAAGUAGGGGGUCUAGUCCACGAAUGGCUUCUCAGCAGGACAAGGACGAUUUGGAUGGGGAAAAGUCUGUGAAGAGCGAUGUUACGGUUAUGCCUGGGACUAUGUCACCAUUUUCCUCCCCUAUCUUGCCUCCUCCAACCCGCCAACGAGCAGUGUCCUCUGGAUCUGGACAUAUACCGUCGGUUUCAGACUCGAGCUUGCCUUCGUCCCUUUCGUAUGUGAGAGGUCGGACGACGAGCAGUGCGUUUACGAAUAAAGGUGAACUGAAGCCUUCUACGGAUCUGCUUGUUGCGGAGUUGGUGGUGGAUUCGAAGAUGUACCCUGGUGGAUAUGUGGUUAGUGUCAAGUCGAGGACGAGGAAGAGUUUGAGGGUUGGGAAGGGGGGACGGUUUGUUGGAUUGUUGGACAAGCCUGGGACGACGACAACUUUGAUUGCGAAGUCAAGUUCAAGUGCUACGAUUACUCCCGAUGCAACUACUACGGACACGGACAAGAACAACGACAAGGAAGAGGACGAGUUUCUGCCGCUGCAAUAUACUAUCCACACUAUGCCUUCUUCACCACUCCAUUCGUCCGGGUUGAACACGGAGAGCCCGACAAGGCAUUUGUUGAGGCUUACGUUGCCUACUGCUCAGUACCAGGUGUCGACUGUACAAGACCCGCUGACGGGGCAGACGCAGUGUGCUCCGCCCAAACCUGCGUGGUUUCUGGAGUUGGAGUCGGAGGGAGGAGGUGCAAUCGUGGAUGUGGAGGUGAGGCCAAGAGCAGAUGUGGCUGGGGAGGAGAAAGAGAAGGAGAAGGGGAAAGGGAAGAAGAAGGGUGUUGUGGAUAUUGUGCUUGUCAAUGGGAAAAAGGUGGAUGUGGUCAGCGAAAAGGCGUCUUUGACGAGUUUGGGGAGGGAGGAGCUGUUGGAUGACAGAGUUUCCAAAAUGGGAUUGCUUUCGCGGGUCACAAACGAGACGGAACCAUUGCCGGACGAUCUCAAAGUUCCUAUUGGUAUCGCUGACGAUCUACUCGACUCCACGAGUUCACUUGGAGCUGGGAGUCUCGACGCACAUGUUGGCGAGCAGCUGGAAGCUCGGGAGAACUCGAUUUCAUCGGCAGGCGAGGAUUCGCCGGGAACGCCCACAACAGACAGCACGAUUUUAUCUUCCAAUCGACCUCAUGCAACCCAUGUGGCGAGUUCAGAACCACCCUCGGGGGGGAACGGACAUGGCAAGGGCCUGUUUGGAUUUUUCCAAUCGUACCCAAAUCCGCUGGCAAGGUUCACAACGGCAAGUGUGCCGCCGAUUCAGAGUUGUGUUGUUGUGAAUUCGACAGAUGAUGCGACUACUGCUACGACUACUGGGGCUAUUACGAGUAGUAGUACGAUGGCGAAUACUCCGUCUUCUCCGCGGAAACUUCCUGGAGAGUUGAGGGACGUUGAUGGGAUUAUCAAUGGAGCGGGAUCCACAACAGCAGUAGCAGGGGCGGCGAGGAUGUACCCGCUAUCGACGGUGGUGGUUGUGGCUCUUAUCGCGUUCUUGAUUGGGUCGCUGCUACGGAGUCUGCUGUCUCCGGCGGACUUUAUCUACGUUGCGACGGACAUGACAGAGGCUGAGGAGAAGGUAAGUGGAUGGAGGGAGAUACGGCGGCUGCUUGAACUCAAGUAUAUCGUUGGUGGAUGGGAUUUUCAAGUAGCAGUAGUUCGACGACAUUAG